AAAAGCCUAAGAAAUUGAUUUUAUUAAAAAUGGAGCAACCUAGUGAAGUGAACGAAUACGAUCAUCGUAUCUUGAACGAUUGGUCUCACCUUAAUAUCAACAAUACAAAUGGAACCACACACCUGUCCAAGGAUAUGAUCUUCAAUGAUGGCCAUCGCCUUUCCAUCAUAGUCUACAGCAUACUGUUUGUGAUCUCAACAAUUGGCAACAGCACUGUGCUAUAUCUGCUGACCAAACGACGACUGCGGGGUCCCUUGAGGAUUGAUAUCAUGCUAAUGCAUCUGGCCAUCGCCGAUCUAAUGGUGACGUUCCUACUGAUGCCACUGGAGAUUGUGUGGGCUUGGACGGUGCAGUGGCGCUCCACGGAUCUGAUGUGCCGCCUGAUGACCUUCUUUCGCGUCUUCGGCCUGUACCUCUCCAGCUACGUGAUGGUCUGCAUAUCUCUCGACAGAUACUAUGCCAUCCUGAAGCCGUUGAAGCGCUCCUACAACCGGGGACGCGUCAUGUUGGCCUGUGCCUGGCUGGGCUCCAUCGUCUGCAGCAUUCCCCAGGCCUUUCUCUUCCAUGUGGAGGAGCAUCCCGUCGUUAAAGGCUACUUUCAGUGCGUCACAUUCCAUACUCUGAGGAACGAAUUCGACAACAGGCUCUAUCAGAUCGCCUCAAUGACCGCCAUGUACGCCUUUCCCCUGAUCGUCUUCAUCUACUGCUACGGAUCCAUCUACCUGGAGAUCUACCGAAAGAGUCAGAGGGUCCUCAAGGACGUGAUUGCCGAGCGAUUCCGACGCUCCAACGAUGAUGUCCUCAGCCGGGCCAAGAAGCGGACUCUUAAGAUGACCAUCACCAUUGUGAUUGUGUUUAUUAUCUGCUGGACUCCGUACUACACCAUCGUCAUAUGGUACUCGCUGGAUAAGUCCUCUGUCUCGCAAGUGAAUUCCCUGGUGAGGAAGGCCCUCUUCAUAUUUGCCUCCACCAACUCCUGUAUGAAUCCUUUGGUCUAUGGACUGUACAACAUCCGAGGUCGCAUGAAUAACAACAACAAUGCGUCGGUCAACAACAGGCACACAUCACUUUCGAAUCGCCUGGACUCCUCCAACCAGCUCGUGCAGAAGCCGCUUGCCAACAACUCCUCGAUGGCCAACGGACAUGGCCAGGUGAUGGCUGCCGCUGUGGCUGCCACAACGAAGCUGGCCCACGUAGUGGGUCUGAAGAGCACCGCCAAUUCGAACGGCAUUACACUGCCCCCGGCCUCUCCAGGCCAUCUCACUGCUCCCCUGGCCAGUGACAGCGAAGCCAACGAAGACUCCAGCCUAAGUGUGGUCACCAUCAGAUGCCAGGAGCCGCCAAGGAUCUGCCAGAAGUAAUUUCGUUGUGGCGACUCCAUCGAAAUGACCAGUGUGGUUAAAUAAACAAUAACAAAUGGAGCUGCGAGAGCAACUGGAUUAAUUAAGCGAUCUGCUACUGUUCGUCUGGAGAAGAAGUCGGCUUGGAACAAAGGGCAUUUAAUUUGCUAACUAGCUUUGUUUUGGGAUUUUCAUCAUAAAUUCUUUUGGCAUUUGCAUUUAGCUAAGCGACAAAUUAAAAAUGUUGUCAAGACAACUAACUUGGCCCAGGACAGGUCAAAAUUCCGAUUCCAAAUCGUCUUGGUCUAGGCCAUCAAAUAUUUGUAAAACAAGAAAUACGCCAAAGACGUAAUAAUGCUUAUUAUAAGAUUACUCUAGUUUAUUGGAUUAUUGCUUAAUUUAUCAUAAUUUAUUCAUAACAAAGUCAACAAAGUCAAAGUAAACGGAAAUCGAAUAAAAAUUUAUGGAAAAUGAAAUAAUAACGAAAGCAUCCCCUCA